UCCCUCCCAUGGGUUGUUAUGCCCUUGUCUCAACCAGUCCGGUAUCCAGGAUGUGUUGACACACUGCACAUUCUGAUUGGCUGCCAGUGAUGCAGGGGUGGGCACAGUUAAAAAGGAGGAAAAAAGACUCCCGAUUCUGGUUGUUAGAUGGAUGGUUGAGGUAGCACAGAUUCACGCAGCACUGAGCUCCAUUUUAGAGUGAGCUCAUAACAGAGAUAGAAGGUACCGAGAUUGAGAGAUAGGAAAAAGCUUCAGAGAGAAAAAUGUUCAGCCAGCCUAGAGCACUAGCAGGACAGAGUGAAAGAAGAAUGUGCUAGAAAAGCAUCGGACUGAUACUAAGAAAAAGAAGAGAACAGAAACCAGGAGGCAUGAUCAUGUAUCGAGGAGAAGGAGUAUCCCAUCCCCCAGUUUUCAUCCUCACAUCCUGACCAAAGGGAGAUUGAGACGAGGAGCUCAAAGGACAAGAAAUCCUAAACUGGCUGCCGAGCGAAGAAAACAAGAGGGGAGUUUCCUGAACCCUAAAAGAAGAAAGAAUCAUUAAAGGAAUGAAUGGUGCUGAACACACGUAAAUAGCUUUGCAGAUUCACACACAGAUAUAGAUAGACACAUAGCCUCCACUGGCAGGCCGGGGCAACGCUGAGCAUCGGCAAAGUGGCAGGAGAAGAAGGGGAGGUGACUGUCGGAGCCGAGCGGAGGUGGCUAUCUGUUUUAGAAGACGACAAAGGUAGUCAAGGAGUGGGACAAGCUGACGCGGUGUGGUGUGGAGGCUCAGUGCUCAGAGAAAGGCGACAGGGAACAGGCGGUGGUGCUGAGGAGGAAGAGGAGGAAACCAGGGGACUGAUGGCUCGUGGCAAUGGCUCUGGGAGGUGGAACAGGCAGAAGAUGGGAUUCUUUAACACCCUUCUGCGCUGUAACCUACCCCCAGACACCCAAAAGCUGAUCAGUGAUGGCAGUGUAGUGUAUGCUGAGGGCCUUUGGGACCAUGUUACCAUGGACAUCCAGGAACUUGGCUUCAAGGCUGGUGAUGCCAUCGAAGUGAUUGAUGCCACAAACAAGGAGUGGUGGUGGGGCCGCAUCAUGGACAGUGAGGGCUGGUUUCCUGCUAGCUUUGUACGGCUGCGUGUGAACCAGGAUGAACCUAUGGAGCAACUUUCAACCCAUCUGGAGGAGUCCCAAUGUGGAGAUGGGGAUGGAGCGGAUUUAGGUUUGUCAUUAGGCCCUGGGUUACCCUGCAAAGAACAGAUGAGAGCCAACGUCAUCAAUGAGAUCAUGAUCACAGAGCGAGACUACAUCACGCACCUGAAAGACAUCUGUGAGGGUUACAUCAAACAGUGCCGUAAGAGGACAGACAUGUUUACUGAAGAGCAGAUUAGAACCAUCUAUGGAAACAUUGAGGAGAUAUACAGAUUCCAGAGAAAGUUCCUGAAGGGCCUGGAGAAAGAAUUCAACAAGGGGCAGCCCCAUCUUAGUGAGAUAGGCUGCUGUUUUCUUGAACAUCAAACAGAUUUCCAGAUUUAUUCAGAGUAUUGUAAUAAUCACCCCAACGCCUGUGUCCAACUCUCCAAGCUGAUGAAAGUCAACAAGUACGUGUAUUUCUUUGAGGCCUGUCGAUUGCUGCAGAAGAUGAUUGAUAUUUCUUUAGACGGCUUCCUACUCACUCCAGUGCAGAAGAUCUGCAAGUAUCCAUUACAGCUGGCUGAGCUCAUCAAAUACACCAAUCCUCAGCACAGGGACUACAAGGAUGUGGAGGCAGCCUUAAAAGCCAUGAAAAAUGUCGCCAGGAUGAUCAAUGAGAGAAAACGGCGCCUUGAGAACAUUGACAAAAUUGCCCAGUGGCAGAGUUCCAUAGAAGACUGGGAGGGUGAAGAUGUUCUGGUCAGAAGCUCUGAACUUAUCUUUUCUGGGGAGAUAAGUAAACUAUCCCAGCCACAAACUAAGAGCCAGCAGAGAAUGUUUUUUCUCUUCGACCAUCAGAUGGUUUAUUGCAAGAAGGAUCUUCUUCGCAGGGACAUACUGUACUACAAGGGGCGCAUGAAUAUGGAUUUAAUGGAGGUGACAGAUUUGGAAGAUGGCAAGGAAAAAGAUUUUAAUAUUACCGUAAAGAAUGCACUAAAGCUUUGGGCAAGGAGUGGCAAUGAAGUCCACCUCCUGUGUACCAAAAAACCAGAACAGAAACAACGUUGGCUUCGAGCUUUUGCUGAUGAGAGGAAGCAGGUCCAUAAUGAUCGUGAAACAGGCUUCUCUCUUACUGAAGUCCAGAAGAAACAAGCUAUGCUGAAUGCCUUCAAAAGCCACCCAGCUGGGAAAUCUAAAGCAGUGACCAGGCCAUACUGCGACUUCCUCCUGCGUCAGAAACAUCCAUCCUUACCCACUGCUCUCCCCCAGCAGCAGGUCUUCAUGUUGGCCCAGCCCAAGCGCAAAACCACCUUCUGGCAUAACAUUGGGAGACUGACACCUUUCAAGAAAUAAAAAUCAAACCAGAAAGGAGAAGCAAAGUUGUGAGAAAGAAGAGCUUGUGCCUCCAUAGAGCCUUUUUAAUUGUUCCGCUUUUCUUUCCAAUGUUUAACCUUUCCUGGAGGGAUUUGUGGACUUGUAUAGAUAAAGUGGACUAUAAUAAAGGUGAGACCAUCUUUUGAAAGCACUUUAUUGGUUGGAUAACAAUCAGACAUGACAAGGUCUCCUCGUUACCCUUGAGUUAAACAGUGACAAUAAAUUCUUGCCUAAUGUACUUAUGCUCCUUAAGACAAAAACUGACUGGUAUUAAUUCUAUUGUACUGCUGCAACUUGUUGUGGGUCUUCUUGCUAAACUGCCUCUGUGAAAAUGUUGCUUGGCAACAAAACUGUGUUUAUUUCCACUGCUCUGGGCUUUUAUUUUAUAAUUUAACAAAAAUUUCAAACUUUUCAUUGUGUGGUAGAAUUUCAUAUUCAUGCUUAUUCUGUCUGCUUUAAAAAAAUAAGGGAAAUUAGCUGGAGAAUAAAAUUCCUUGUGUUUUCUCUUUGCUAAUGUAUAGGGUCUCUUUUACAUGCUUUAAAUAUUCUGUGGACUGUU